AGCCACUUUCAGUUAGGAGGUCGGGGCAGGAAUCCAGGAGAGAGCUGAUGGAGCCUGGUGCCAUGUUUCUUCAACAGAAGAUGGAGGACCAGUCCUGCUGCAUCAUGGCUCUGGGGCUUGAGUAGGUCAUUUAACCACUCAGAGCCUCAGUUUCCUCACCUGUGAAAUGGGAAAAAUAAAGGAUCAGCUGCCUGAAAAGGGCCAGAGGGUAGGUCAAGUGCUCUCAUCCCAGCUGUUCUCCUCCUGCCUGCCAGCAGUGAGCCCUGAGCUGCCCUCUCUGCUCUCCAGAAUAUGGCAGGGCCCGUGACCAUGGCAACCAGCCUCCUCCUCUUGGCCCUGUGCAUCGCCCCUGCAGACUCCGUGACACUCCCCUCUUCCUGUUGCAUUACCUUCAUUUCCAAGAAAAUUCCUGAGAGCCGAGUGAUAAGCUACCAGCUUACCAACAGGAGCAUCUGCCCCCAGGCAGGAGUGAUCUUCACCACCCGGAAGGGCCAGAAGUUCUGUGGCAACCCCAAGUUGCCGUGGGUCCAGAAGUACGUAAAGAACUUGGAUGCCAAGCAGAAGAAAGCCUCCACUAGGACCAGGGCGACGAGCACCACAGCCCCCUUCUGGAGACACCCGGACAACAGCACCUUCAUCUAAGCCCGGCCCUGGCCCCCAGUCCUGAGCUUGGGCCUGGGUCCCGCCUCCUGGCAGGCUGCUAGGGGUCUGGUGAGCCAGCGGUGGUAGGCAAAGGACUACUGUUGCUGUUUCUUUGCAUCAUUCUCAGGGGAUGUGUCUAGUUUAUUUAAAAAACCCAAGGCUCCAAGGAUCCCAGCCUCUUGCUUUUCCUGAGCUGGGGAGAGAAGGUCCCAGAAGCAGGGCCGUGGCAGUCCUUUGUCCUUCCUCUGAGCUGGAGCCGGCCCUUCUCCAACUCACAGGUUGCAUAAGAGUCCCAGUGGACGAGGCCUGACCUGCAGACAGAUUCUGUUUGCGCCUUAGUCUGCAGGUAGCUUCGAUGGGCCCUCUGGUCUUGUGAGGCCUCCAGGCUGUCUGCCUGUCUGUCUGGGGAUGGGUGACCUCUCAACACCUGUAGCUCUCCAGCACGAUGGGGAUGCUCCUGGGAUGUCCUACUCACAGGUGAAUAAAAACCCAAAAAAAACAGAGGGCUCUUGGUCACAGGCACUGCCAGAUCCUGGCCCUCCUUGCACAACUCUGUGGGACAUGAUUAAUAACCUUUUCAGGAACUCGUUGGUUUUUGUAAUGAGUGGACCUGGAGGACUUGGGUGAGGGGCCAGCCUGGGGAGCUGCAUUCUUCUGUGAAGAUAUGGGAUUGAGGAGAUGUUUUGCUUCGUGGUAUGUUUUGGCUUCCCUGCUGCUUUGGGGAUAAAGACCCACUCUGCCUUUGAGGCUGGCCUUUCCCCUACGUUUUGCUGAGGGGUAGAUGGGGUGGGAGUUGAGGGCAAAGAGGAUCCCAGUUUUUUUCCAGCACCAUGUCAUUUGUCUGUCAAGUGUAGAUGGACACACUGGAUGUUCUGAAAUGACAAUCCAAGUAAAAUAGAAUCUUUCCUUC